AUGAGUUGGUCUUCCUGUGGUAGUAGUAGUGUUUACAGCUUGAGCUCAAGUAUUCUUGUGGCCAACGACCCAUCCUCGAAGCUUUCGAAGAGACGCUUCACACCCAAUAUUUCUCAACCGGGAUGGAAGCAAAGAAGAGAUUCUUCGCAUAAUAAUGGUGGAGUGUCAAAAGUUUUUGGUUACUAUGGCCUGAAAAGUCCGCCGUAUAAACUUGAUGCAUUAGAACCAUAUAUGAGUCAGAGGACACUUGAGGUGCACUGGGGUGUGCAUCAUCGUGGUUAUGUGGAAGCUCUGAACAAACAGCUGGAGAAAAAUGACAUAUUUUAUGGUUGUACCAUGGAUGAACUAAUCAAAGUUUUAUAUAACAAUGGCAACCCAUUUCCUGAAUUCAAUGAUGCUGCCCAGGUUUGGAACCAUGAUUUCUUUUGGGAAUCCAUGCAACCAGGAGGUGGCGACAUGCCAACAUUGGGCUUACUUCAGCAGAUCGAAAAGGAUUUUGGUUCAUUUGCCAAUUUCAAGGAGAAGUUUACAGAGGCAGCUCUCACAUUGUUCGGUUCGGGCUGGGUUUGGUUGGUCUUGAAGAGGGAGGCAAAAUCUCUGGCAAUUGUCAAAACAUCAAAUUCCAUCAACCCUUUAGUGUGGAAUGACAUUCCAAUCACGAGUUUGGAUAUGUGGGAGCAUGCUUAUUAUUUGGACUACAGGAAUGACAAGGCCAAGUAUGUUAAUACGUUUAUGAAUCACCUGGUAUCCUGGAAUGCAGCUGCUGUUCGUAUUGUUCGUGCACAAGCCUUCGUGAAUUUAGGCGAACCUAAGAUCCCGGUUGCAUGA